AAACCAAAACAAAAAAAAAAACCUUGAGAGUUUCAUUUGAGCGUUGAAUAAACAUGGGCUCCGAAACAACCAACAAAUCUUAUCCUCUUCAUUUUGUUCUCUUCCCUUUCAUGGCUCAAGGCCACAUGAUUCCCAUGGUCGAUAUUGCAAGGCUCUUGGCUCAGCGCGGCGUGACCAUAACAAUCAUCACGACGCCUCACAAUGCAGGGAGGUUCAAGAACGUCCUAAGCCGUGCCAUUGAGUCUGGCUUGCCCAUCAACAUAGUGCAUGUGAAGUUUCCAUAUCAAGAAGCUGGUUUGCCAGAAGGGAAAGAGAAUCUAGAUUCUCUUGACUCGAUGGAGCUGAUGAUUCCUUUCCUUAAAGCGGUUAACAUGCUCGAAGAACCAGUCCAGAAGCUCAUAGAAGAGAUGAGCCCUCGACCAAGCUGUCUUAUUUCCGAUAUGUGUUUGCCUUACACAAGCAAAAUCUCCAAGAAGUUCAAUAUACCAAAGAUCGUCUUCCAUGGCAUGUGUUGCUUUUGUCUUCUGUGUAUGCAUAUUUUACACAAUAGCCUUGAGAUCUUGGAAAAUUUAGAGUCUGAUAAGGAGUCUUUCAUCGUUCCUUAUUUUCCUGAUAGAGUUGAAUUCACAAGACCUCAAGUUCCCGUGGAAACAUAUGUGCCUCAAGGAGAGUUGAAAGAAUUGGGGGAUGAUAUAAUAGAAGCGGAUAAGACAUCUUAUGGUGUGAUAGUCAACACGUUUCAAGAGCUCGAGCCAGCGUAUGUCAAAGACUUCAAGGAGGCAAGGUCAGGUAAAGCAUGGUCUAUUGGACCCGUUGCCUUGUGCAACAAGGUGGGAGCAGACAAAGCUGAGAGGGGAAACAAGUCGGACAUUGAUCAAAACGAGUGUCUUAAAUGGCUUGAUUCUAAAGAAGAAGGGUCAGUGUUAUAUGUUUGCCUUGGAAGUAUUUGCAAUCUUCCUCUGUCUCAGCUCAAGGAGCUCGGGCUAGGCCUAGAAGAAUCCAAUAGACCUUUCAUUUGGGUCAUAAGAAGUUGGGAGAAAUACAAAGAGUUAGAUGAGUGGAUCUUGGAGAGUAGAUUUGAAGAAAGAAUCAAAGACAAGGGACUUCUCAUCAAAGGAUGGGCUCCUCAAAUGAUUAUUCUUUCACAUCCUUCUGUUGGAGGGUUCUUAACGCAUUGUGGUUGGAACUCAACUCUUGAGGGGAUAACCUCUGGUCUACCGCUGCUCACAUGGCCGCUAUUUGCAGACCAAUUCUGCAACGAGAAACUGGUCGUGCAGGUACUAAAAGCUGGUGUAAGAGCCGGGGUUGAGCAGCCUAUGAAAUGGGGAGAAGAAGAGAAAAUAGGAGUAUUGGUGGAUAAAGAAGGUGUGAAGAAGGCCGUGGAAGAAUUAUUGGGUGAUAGUGAUGAAGCUAAGGAGAGAAGAAGAAGAGCCAGAGAGCUUGGAGAAUUAGCUCACAAGGCUGUGGAAGAAGGAGGCUCUUCUCAUUCUAACAUCACAUUACUCUUACAAGACAUAAUGCAACUAGCACAAUCCAAUAAUUGAUUACGUCAUUAUAAAAGUAAUAUUAAUGUUGAAACAGUUUUUCAUUAACUUUGCUUAUUAGAGAAUCUGAAGUCUCUGAGCCUUCAAUCACGUGGACGAAUCAGUCGAAGAUAAGUCAUUGACAA